AUGGAACAUCAACAAGAGAGAUGCCGCAGGGUUGUGCUGGUUCCUCUGCCCUUUCAAGGCCACAUAACCCCAAUGCUUCAGUUGGGCACCAUCCUUCAUUCGAAAGGCUUCCACAUCACAAUUGCUCACACCCAGUUCAACUUUCCCAACACGCUCAAGUACCCUCAUUUCGACUUCAUAGCCUUGUCCGAUGGCGUAGGUGAGCAAACUAUAUCAGCGCACAACUUUAUAGCCGUGAUCUCAGCUUUCAACACCAACUGCAAAGACCAUCUCCGGGAAUCGUUGGCUAGGAUGAUGGAGAAAGAGGAUCAACACAAUAAGACUGCUUGCAUCAUCUAUGAUGAAUACAUGUACUUUGCAGAAGAGGUGGCGAAACAGCUGAGGAUAUCUAGUAUCAUAUUGUCUACUAGCAGUGCAGCAAAGAUGCUAAGUUACCUUGCAAUUCCUAGGCUCCAAAACGAGGGUCACAUUCCCCUUCAAGAUUCUAAGAUGCUGGAACUAGUGCCAGGCCUCGAACCACUCAGGUUUAAAGACUUGACCAUCUCAUAUUUCAGAAAAUUGGAUGACUUGCUACAACUAAUAGCAAAUGCCCUUGAUCCAAGGUCAUCUUCAUCCAUUAUCUGGAAUACCAUGGAUUGCCUCGAGCAUUCGACAUUGGCAAAGAUCCAGCAGGAACACCAACUUCCGUUGUUCCCUCUCGGCCCUCUGCACAAAAUGGUUCCAGCCAUAUCCAGCAGCUUAUUAAAAGAGGACCAGAGAUGCAUUCCAUGGCUUGACAAACAAUCACACAGCUCUGUCAUCUACAUAAGCCUCGGAAGUGCAGCUUCCAUGGACAAUAAAGACCUAGUUGAAAUGGCAUGGGGGCUAGCCAACAGUGAGCAGCCAUUCUUGUGGGUUAUUCGAACGGACUCCAGAGCACUACCAGAAGCUUUCCAAGAAGCUGUUGGAGACAGAGGUUGCAUAGUAAGAUGGGCACCCCAAAAGGAAGUCUUGGCACACACUGCAGUUGGAGGGUUUUGGAGUCACUGUGGUUGGAAUUCAACCAUUGAGAGUAUAUCCGAAGGAGUUCCGUUGAUAUGCCAACCAUAUUAUGGGGACCAGCGAGUGAAUGCGAGAUACUUGACCCAAGUUUGGGGAGUAGGGUUGGAGUGGGAGAAUGACAUGAACAGAGGAGAUAUAGAGGGAGCUAUAAGAAGGCUUAUGGUGGGUAAAGAAGGAGAGCUGAUAAGGCAAAGAGCAAAAGAUUUGAAGGAUACAAUUAAAUCCAGUAUGAACCAAGGUGGAUCUUCCUACAAUUCCUUGAAUGAAUUGGUGGACCUUAUUUUGUCAUUCUAA